AUGGCCCCCGCUAAGAGAUCCCACGCCGUCUCGGAAGCAGGCAGCGGAGACGAGGAGGAGGAGCUGGUUGAGGUGCGGCAAAAAAGCUCCAACCUCGCUCAGGACGCACCCGUAGGUUUCUCCAAGAAUUCAAAGCGGGUUCGACUAUCAAACACUGCUCAGCCGACCAAGUCGGUACCCCCAAGGGAUGAAUCCCCAAGCUCCGGAAGCGAAGACGUUGCGGACGAAGAAGAGGAAGACGGACGAGCCGGCCGUGAAUCGCCUCCCCGAACCCAAUACGAAAUCGCCCGGGACGAUGGUUUCAGGCACUUGCAGUACGAGGAUCAAGACGAUCAACGUGCUACGCAGAAAAUCAAAAGCCGGCCGCAGCGCAUCGGCGACAACCAUGCUGCCGAGAACGGCAUUAUUGAGAGUGUCGAGUGCAUCAACUUCAUGUGCCACGAGCGCCUCUUUGUCGAGCUCGGUCCCCUGAUCAAUUUCAUCGUCGGCGAGAAUGGAAGUGGCAAGAGUGCAGUCCUCACAGCCCUAACCUUGUGUCUUGGUGGCAAGGCUAGCUCCACCAACAGAGGCGGAAGUCUCAAGAGCUUCAUCAAGGAAGGGAGAGACAAUUCUGUCAUCAUUGUGAGGAUCAAGAACCAGGGCAUUGACGCCUACCAGCCCGAUCUGUACGGCGAAACCAUCAGAGUCGAACGCCAUUUCUCCAGGGCUGGCGCCAGUGGCUUCAAGCUGAAGAGCGUGACUGGGAAAACAAUUUCUACAAAGAAGGCCGACGUUGAUGAGAUCUCCGAGUAUUGGGCUUUGCAGGUCGACAAUCCACUCAACGUUCUAUCGCAGGACAAUGCCCGACAAUUUCUGAAUUCUUCGUCACCCUCUAUGAAGUACAAGUUUUUUGUUCGAGGUGUCCAGCUCGAACAGCUUGACAACGACUACAAACUCCUAACGGAAAUUCUCGAGAGUCACGAAGCAAAGCUACCGAGCCUAGAGGAACAUGUCCGUCGUGCGAAGAGAGAGCAUUCGGAGGCGCAGAAGCUCAAGGACAUUGCUCAGAAGAACGAAGAAAUGAGAAAGACAUAUCGCCGUCUCCGUAACCAGCUUUACUGGUCACAGGUAGCUGAGCAAGAAGAUGUGCUCGUCAAGUACAACGAUGAGGUCGCUGCUCUGGACGGGGAAAUUCAACGCGCUACUGUGCUCAUUGAGCGCACAACACAGGCUUUAAGUCAGCGCGAUGAGCACCUUGAGCGUGCUCAAGGUGCAGUCGAGACGGAAUCACAGGAAGCCGGUACUAUUCAGGAAAGUAUCGCCCUCGCCGACGAAGCGUACCAAGAGGCCAAGCAAUCAGUCACCGACAUACACCAUCAACUCAGAGAUGUUCAACAACGGCUCAAAAGCGCCGGACAAGGGGUGGCUGAGUUUGAGACCAAGAUUGAAGCCGAGGAGCAGCGACUGGGCGCUGGAGCUGGGAGCGCCCGCCAGGAACAAGAGAGUCUUCUGAAUGAAGCAAGAACAGAAGAGUCUACAAUUAAACAACAAAUCGCCGACGAGAAUGACACAGUGCCGCAACUCAGGGCAGAGCUCAAUCAUGCCCAGAGCGCCUUACAAGGGGGCAAGGCCGAUGUCGAUAGGAAGAGGGCGGAAAUUACCUCAGCCGAGGGACGUUUGCGCAGCCUGGAGCAGAACAGAGGCUCUGUUUGGGCUGCUUAUGAUAAGAAGAUACCUCUCCUUCUUCAAGCGAUCGAGCGAGAAAACGGGUUCCACGAAAAGCCCGUUGGGCCCAUUGGAGCCCAUGUUCAGCUCACUCAACCUGAGUGGUCCCCAAUUUUGGAGACGGUCUUUGGCGCAACGCUGGAUGGCUUCCUUGUAUCCAACAAGUCUGACCAACAACGACUGACAAAACUCAUGCAACAAGUCAACUUGCAGCGCUUUCCCCCAAUCAUCAUCAGCAAACGGCUGCCACUCAACACCAAACUCAGGGAGCCGGACGCAGCCUUUGACACUGUUCUCCGGGUACUCAAUUUCGACAAUGAAUGGGUCCGCAGUCAGCUCAUUGUGGCACACACUAUCGACAAAAUCGUUCUGAUAAGAGAGAGGACGAAGGCAGAAGAUGUCAUGAUGAGCGAUUCACCUCCUCCAAACGUCCAAGCUUGUAUUUCUCUCCAUGAUGGCGCUGGUAAGAGAGGUUUCGGCCUUCGCAUGGCCCGGUCAAGCGGUGCAGGAUAUAACACAGGAACCAUCAACCCCUUCCCCCGGGCGCCUAGGAUGAAGUCUGACGACCAAACACAAAUCAGUCUGGCAAAGGAAUCGUUGGCUCAUCUACGUGGGGACUUACGCUCGAUAGAGCUGAAGCGGCGGGAGCUCGACCAGACAGUCGCAAAAUGCAACGCCGCUCUCAAUAACCAGCAACAACAGGGGCAAUCGCUGGAGCGGAAGUUGUUGCGGGUCCAGGCCAGAAUUGAGAAUAUCUCUGCUGAACUGGACCAAUACGAAGGAGCGGAUGGUCGCCUUAUCUCUCUCCGGGAAGAGUUGGAGAAGAUUAAGGCUGAACGAGAGCAUCACGGAACCCAAUAUGGCGAAAUGCGACUGCGACAAGAUGAACUCAAUAAGAAAUGCGAAGAGUGCAAGAGGACGCUUGCCGAUGAGAAGGGGAGAAUGAAAGAUUUUCAGGCUCGAAUCACGAAGUUGCAACUCGCAGUCCAGAAAGCGGAAGACCUGCGCAAAAUGGCAGUUCUCGAAAAGAAUCGCGCGUUCCAGGACCGUGAUGAUGCGGUGCUUGAGAGAGAACGAGCAGAAACGAGGCGUGACGAACAAGCCGAAGUGGUCGCCAACUUCACUCAACAAGCCAUGGACAAGGCGCCGCAGCGAGUGUACAUCGAGGAAGGCGAAACUCAUAGGAGUAUCGAGAGCAAGUACGCUGUUAUUCACCAACAGCUGGAGAAGAGGGCUCAAAGAUUGGGGGCGUCGGACGAGGAGAUCAAGGAACGUGCGGCUAGGGCUGAAGCUGCAUAUGAAGCUUCACAGCAACUUUAUAAGGGCCAGCAGGAAGAGCAGGCGGCAGGCAAGCUCAAUCUGGAAGAUCGACUGAACAGGUGGCGACUGUUCCAGCGACAUAUCUCGGCACGUGCUCGCAUCUGCUUCCAGUACUUGUUGAGCGAGCGAGGUUUCAGGGGCAAGCUUGCCAUAGACCACCCGCAGCGCCGGCUGCAACUUUUCGUGGAACCAGAUGAAACCCGCAAGGGCACUGCUGGCCGGAGCACAAAGACGUUGUCAGGUGGUGAAAAAUCAUUCUCAUCUAUAUGCAUGCUGCUGGCCAUUUGGGAGGCAAUGGGCUCACCCCUGCGAUGUCUGGACGAAUUUGACGUGUUCAUGGAUAAUGUCAACCGUACCAUCAGCACAAACAUGCUUAUCACCGCUGCUAGACGCUCCGUAUCCCGUCAGUACAUCAUGAUUACACCAAAUGCGAUUGAAGGACGAGCCACGCUUGACAAGGACGUCAAGAUCAUCCGUUUAACCGAUCCCCGGCAGCGGACGUUGGUUUGA